CUAGUGUAUGGUGUAGAAAAGAAAAAAAAAAGAAAACCGAGCAAGGAAGAAAAAAUUUUCACACACCAGAUUUUCACCUUUUUUACUCAAAAAAUAAUACCCAUACCUCUUCAAUUGCCUACAAACUAAUUCCUAUGAUGUUAUAAAUAAAUAAAAAUAUAAAAUUUCCAAAAACUGCAAGUGAUAUUCGUACCAAAAAAAAAAUAUAUUUAAAAAAAAAGAAGAAAUAAAAAUACACAUUCAUUCCACUCCACUCUUCUUCAACUCUCACCACUACUAAUUCAAUAGAGAGAAUAUUUUAUUUCGAAUUUACACUUUCCAUUUAGUACGGCGUGUGUGUCAAGUCAAGUGAAUUUUAUUUUUUCUUCAUUCUAGAUUCUCUCGAUCGAAUCAAAUACAAAAAAUAGAAAAAGAAAAUAUAAUUUAUUCAUCUUUAAAAUCAUUUUCAUAACAGCCAAUGGCGGAAAUUAAUAAUAACUAAAAAAAACUAUCCGCGAUAGUUUUUUUUAACAUUUUCUGUGAGAGGUUUCAAGAGUAUUUUUAUGCGUGCGUGAAUCCAAUUGUCUGACGGACGGGCGAACCGAACACAGAUUCGUAGACGCUUCUAAUAAAAAGAAAAGUGUCAUAAAAUUGUAUCUUCUCGAGAAACACUCCUCCAUUUAGCUCAAACUUAGAGUAAUGAUUAUCCAGGAGCCAGUUCAGGCUGCCAUUUGGCAUUGCUUGAACCACUACGAUAGCAAGGAUGCAGUAUUUCUAGCCGAACGUCUCUGUUCUGAAGUGGAAUCAGAUGAAACUAUCUUCAUUCUAGCUACCAGUUAUUAUCGUUCGAGCAUGAUUCAUCAAGCAUAUUGGCUUCUAAAAGAAAAAUCCCGACGUUCACCUGAAUGCCGUUUCCUUCUUGCCAAAUGUGCGUUCCAUCUCAAGAAAUACUCCGAAGCCGAGUGUGCCCUAUCGAGUGUCUAUUUAGGUGAAUUAAAGAACUUCGAUGAAAUAGCGAAAGACUUUGGUGAAAUAGCAUGUUUUGUGCUCCAACUAAUUGCUCAGAUUUGUGUCAAAACAGAGCGUGACUCCAUCGCUGCCGAUGCAUACCGAAAAGCUUUAAAGCUAAAUCCGUUCCUCUGGACGGCAUUUGCUGAACUAUGCAAUCUUGGUGUCGAUAUCGAUCCAAAAGAAAUAUUUCAAGUAACUAGUACUGAUAUUUUUAACACAAGCCAAGGCAACACCAACACUAACUCGAUGGUGCUCUUUGGCAGCGGAGAUGGCUUCCCAGGCUGCUGCGAUGGAACUCAAACAUUGUCUGGAAAUAAUGGAAGCAUAUUGCAACACCAACAAACCACUCUGGGAGGGGAUUUAGUCAAUAGUCUUAAUAAUAGCUCUAAUUAUAUCCUUACAACGCCGGUUGACCAGUCAAAUACCGUCAAUCUGAUGACACCCAACAAUAACAAUCUAAAUAGUUCAAUGACGAUUCUUCGGGGUGGUAAUAUUGGUCUGGGCGGUGCUCCUCCACCUAUUUCUAAUAACCUCAAUACAACAAUCGAGGAUACGCCUGCAGUUUUCGCAAACAACAACAAUAGCAGUAAUAUCAGCAGUAGUGGCGGAGGCAUAGCCUACAUGGAGACAAGUAAUUUUGAUGGUGGUACACCAUUCCGACGGCAAUUCAAGUAUCUUUCGGCAAUGAGUCCGUCAACACCUAGUUUUGGCAUACUACCGAUUAGCCCGGGAGACACGCCCUACAUAAAUCUAAACACAACUAUGCACACGCCAUCACCACAAACUCUGGUCGAGGCGAAUCAAGAGCAAAAGGCGGUAGGAAAAAAAUUAAAAACACACGUAGGCAGUCUGAUAAAUCGCAAAGAAACCACAGCUAAACCAGCAGUCUUUACACAAACUGGCAACAUAACUCCUCGUACGCCGAACACUUGCACCACAGGCGGUGGCCUGGGAGCACAGAAUGUCCGACGAAGUUCGAGACUAUUUAGCAAUAGCAACUAUUCGGUAAAAGAGAACAACAAAAGUCCUAAUAUAAGUAAAUUCGUGCAACCACGUUCACCACCACGAAAGACCAAACAGCGAAUUCCUAAAAUCUCCCUCAGCAACAUUGAAAUGAAUGAAAAAGACAAAAAAGAAAAAAUUGAAACCAUCACCUCCAAUGACAGCAAAGUAUUGCUAAACAAUAGUCUGAAUAGUGCCCAAACAAUGGCCCACCAUGUGUUGAAUUUAAAACGCCAAAGUGCAGAGGGUCUAAUGGCACUGCUGCGUGAUCUUGGCCAGGGCUACUACCACCUGACGCGGUACAACUGCCAAGAGGCGAUCAAGAGCUUCGAAACAAUUCCAAAGCACCACCUCAGCUCUAGUUGGGUGCAGAGCCAAAUCGGACGUUCACACUACGAGCUGCGAGAGUACGAGAAUUCUGUGUCAAUAUUCCGUAAAAUACACGAGAGCGAUCCUCAUCGAUUGGACUCAAUGGAGACCUACAGUUCAUCGUUGUGGCAUUUGCAAAAGGAAGUUGAUCUAUCUGCUUUAGCACAGGAUCUAAUGGCGCAAGAUAAAAACUCGCCAAUUACAUGGUGUGUAUCGGGUAAUUGUUUCUCGUUGCAUAAAGAGCACGAAACAGCAAUAAAGUUCUUCAAACGGGCAGUGCAAGUAGAUCCUGAUUUUGUUUACAGUUACACUCUGCUCGGUCACGAGCUAGUUCUCACCGAAGAACUAGACAAAGCUCUGAAUUUCUUCCGAACUGCUGUGCUCAAAGACCCACGCCAUUACAACGCCUGGUUUGGCAUUGGCACCAUCUAUUCCAAACAAGAAAAAUACGAACUGGCUGAAUUGCACUAUGACCGUGCGCUUAAAAUAAAUCCCAAAAAUUCAGUAAUUCUGGUGCACAUUGGUGCCAUGCAAUAUUUCAUGCAAAAGAAGGAACAAGCGCUACAAACCUUGAAUAGAGCGGCAGCGAUAGACCCGAAGAAUCCGCUGGCCAGAUUCCAUCGUGGUUCAAUUUAUUUUUCACUUGGCAAACACCAAGAAGCGCUCCGCGAACUAGAAGAGUUGAAGGAGAUUGUGCCAAAGGAAUCUGUUGUAUUCUAUCUCAUUGGAAAAAUACACAAAGCUUUGGGUAAUGUCGAUUCGGCACUGAUGCACUUCAGUUGGGCGACUGAUCUCGAUCCAAAAGGCGCCAAUAACCAAAUUAAAGACGCCUUCGAUUCAAUGAGUCAUCCAUCUUGUUGCCCGCCUAUGAAUGAUCUUAAUCUUGAUCCAGAUUUGGAGCCGAUUUCAGAACGAAGUGAUGACUCAACGCAGGCGCAACAGGAUGUUAAUUAUGAUAGUGAUAGUUAUUAGAGAGGAACAAAAUAUAAAAAAUUCUGGUAUUAAAAAUUAGAAUUGAUAAAAAAAAAUGAUAAAGAUUGAAGGAACACAAAAAAAAAAAAUAAAUAGAAUAACAAAAUAAAAAAAAAACAAUGGAAAAAACAAAAAUUAUGAACUAAUGUUUCAAAUCAAGUCGACGAUGUGUCCACCCUCCUCAAUAUUAUAUAUUUGUCCUUUGUAUAUUAUUUUUCUGUGGGAUGGUACCCCUCCCCUCCUUCUUUGAUGUUUCUAUUUUUUUGCCCUUCAGCUUAUAUGAU